UUCUCAAUUUCAGUAUCGCAAAUUUCCAAUUCCCGUUUCCCUCAAUUUUCAAUCCCAUUUUCCAGAAACACCCAGAAUGGCCCCCAAACCAGAGAAGAAGCCCGCCGAGAAGAAGCCGGCAGAAGCCGAGAAAGCCCCUGCGGAGAAGAAGCCAAAGGCCGGGAAGAAGCUCCCCAAGGACGGCGGUGCGGCUGCCGGAGACAAGAAGAAGAAGAGGAUUAAGAAGAGCACUGAGACGUACAAGAUCUACAUCUUCAAGGUUCUGAAGCAGGUCCACCCAGACAUUGGGAUCUCAAGCAAGGCCAUGGGCAUCAUGAACAGCUUCAUCAAUGAUAUCUUUGAGAAGCUGGCCCAGGAGGCUUCCAGGCUGGCGAGGUACAACAAGAAGCCCACCAUCACUUCCCGGGAGAUUCAGACUGCUGUGAGGCUUGUGCUUCCUGGUGAAUUGGCUAAGCAUGCUGUUUCUGAGGGUACCAAGGCCGUUACCAAGUUUACUAGCUCUUAAAGUGUUUUUCCUUUUUACAAAGCAAUGUUAUGUUUGUGAUAAUAGUGCUCUAAUAAUAUUAGGGUUAGAUUAGAAUUAGUGGGUUUGUUUACGCUAAUUUAUGUUCUGGAGAUUACGAGAAGCAGCUUAUUGCUUUGUAGAACUUUUGAUGGGAUAAAUCUUAUUGUUAUUUUCAGUCUAAAUAUUUUGCAAUUUAUGUUCGGUUCUCUGGAGUUAUGUUUUCAUCUGUGCCUGUAAUGGUACAAGGUUAUGCUGUGUUAAUGUUUUAUUUGUUGGUAACAAUCAUUUGUAUCUGUAAUUUUUACCUGUUGUGUUUCAAAGUAAUCCUUGUAAGGCCUGUUUGGUUAGUUUCUGUUUAAUACAGUUGUGGUUUCAGUGAGUUGUAUUGGAUCCUAUGCCAACACAUGGUUUACUUAACUAGACAAGCAUUCGGACUAGACAAUAUGGAGCAUGGUUUUGAUGUUCAAAUGGUGUGUAGGAG